AGCGCAUAGAAACAUCUAUUAACUGGAUAACGAAUGUAAAAUACGAUGGCAGAUACGGAAGACACAUCUAUAACUGACAAGGAUAAUUCAAAGAUUUGUAUUCUGUUGAACGCUACUGGGAAUGUUCCAAUCAUCAAAAAACGUAAAUGGACCGUGGAUCCCAAUAAAACUGUCAGCUGGAUACAAAAGUUUAUACAUCAGUACCUUAAACUAGAUGCCAGCGAACAAAUUUUCCUUUAUGUGAAUCAGACAUUUGCACCUGCACCCGAUCAAAUUAUCAAGAAUCUUUACGAAUGCCACGGAACUAAUGGCAAGCUUGUGCUGUAUUACUGCAAGAAUCAAGCAUGGGGUUGAUAAGGUCAAUCGGCUUCAGCUAGUCUGUAAAAAUUAGAUUUAAGUUAAUAUUACGUAGAAUAUUCGAUUUAUGAUAGAUUUUACGUAUUUAUAUAUGUAUAGUAUAUAAAAUUAAUUCAAUGCAUAACUGAGCAUU